UUUUGUAUUUGUUAUUUAUUGUUGAAAUGUUGUUCGGGUCGAAGAUGAACCAAAAUCUUACUUGACAUACCAAUUCUAAUAUAACAUAAUCCUUACCAGAGGGUGGCCUUAGCCGUCUCAAAUCAUAACCUUAACUAUGAGGUUAACAUUUAACAAGUUAACAACCUAGCAUAACCCUCCUUAAGCAUACUUAAGAUGUAAGAUAUAAUAUUCGGUUAAGCAUACUUAACCUAACCUUACCCAUUGCUAGCCUUAACCCUAACCUACUUAACAUAAACCGUCCCUUCCCUAACUUAACCAAAGCUAACUCUUCCCUAAACUUGACCUAAACCGUCUCAAGGAAUAACCUUAACCUUACUCAUCAAAUAAUCUUAACCUAGCAUAACCAUAUUUAGCAUACCCCCCCCCCUACAAACAUGUCGACUCACUACAGUAGAUCCGUUUAGAACGCAAGGUUCAGGUGUCUAAACGCCGCACGGAUUGGGUCGUGACUAACUCAGAUGCCUUCAAGCGCUGUAUUAUUCGUCCAGGCGAAGUUGAAGAAGCUUAGGCGGUUUUGCAAUAUCGACAUCAGUGCUGAAAAAGUUCACCAUGUCUUGAGAGAAGCUGGCUUGCGAGGAAGGUCAAAAGUUUUAAAAAAAUAGAUUCACUUUGUUGGAAUUAACGACUGGUAUGAACUAUGACCAGGGUGCAGGUUGUGUUGGUUUGAAGAAGAUAGUAUUUUCUCGGUAUCGAAUCGUUAUUUUAAGCGUCAAGAUGUCAUCUGUAUAUCAAAAUCUCAAGUAGUUUUUUUUAACAUAUGUCAUAUCACCGUAUGUCAAACAAAUGAAACUUUUUCAUUCGCCUUCAGUUUUUAAAUGUGAGAAAUGGCCAAGUAUAUUCUGUCCAUUGACGGGGGAGGUAUGAGAGGCAUCAUGCCAGCGUUGAUACUCGCCGAGGUCGAAAAGCGAUGCGGAAAGCCCGUAUCGGAGAUCUUCCACCUCAUGGCCGGGACGUCGACCGGUGGUAUCGUCGUCGCCGGGCUCACUGUGAAAGGUCGACACGGGCCGAAAUACAAGGCCGAAGACCUCGCCGACCUUUAUCGCAAGCACGGCCCUUACAUAUUCAAAUCGUCGCUUUUGAGGAGGUCCAUGUCGUGGUUCAACAGGGCCCAGUACCCGCAUGAAAACAUCGAGACGGUCCUCGAAGAGUAUUUCAGCGAUGCUAAAUUGAAAGACUCAAUAACAAACGUACUCCUCACCAGCUACGACAUACACAACAACUGUCCUUUUUUCUUCAAAAGCUGGAAAGAAGACAGGAACUCGAUCCUAGUGAAAGACGCCCUGAGAGCGACGACCGCCGCACCGACCUAUUUCAUCCCUAAAUCUUUGAAAAUCCAUACGACCGAAAGAGUGUUGGUAGAUGGGGGUGUAUUUGCGAACAACCCCUCCGCUUGCGCGUACGCCACGAGCAAAAGGCUAUUUCCGAAUGACGAUAUCGUUAUUUUAUCUUUGGGCACUGGAAGGACGGACAGGAGGAUCGAGAACGCUAGGAAGUUGGGAAGGAUCGAGUGGAUAAUGCCUCUACUCGACGUCGUUUUCGCUUCAGGACUCGACUGCGUUAAUUAUCAAAUGAAUAAAAUCAUGGGGGAUAAAUACAUAAGGAUACAGACUCAAAUAUCGGCCGAGAUGGAUGACGCCACGCCUGAAAGUAUCCGAUCCCUGGAGGAGGAGGCGGAAGCGAUGAUUGAGAAGAACCAAGAGGCAAUUGCUAGAUUGUGCGACGUUUAGAAGUUGGACGUAUGAAUUAGUAAACUGACGGGGAGUGGGAGUUGAGGUGGAGUGGAUGGCUGCGAGGAAGAGGUGAGCUGUUGGAAGUGACGGUGAGGGUGAUGACAUGGUACGUUGAACUGUAAUAGAAUGUUUAGCCGACACGGCGUGGUGAGCUGUAAGAACUGUAAGAAAAUGAUGAGCUACAAGGAGUGAUGAGCUGAAAAGGAGUGGUGGAUGAACUAUCUAUGGAAUAGUUAUAUGUGAGGGAGCGGUGAGCUGCCAUGGAAUCGUGAUCUACAAAGAUUUAUGACCUGACAUGGAGCGGUGAGCUACACGAAGAUGUGAAGGAGUCAUGAGGUGAGAGGGAGUGGUGAGUGGCCAGGAGUUAGCGAUAAAGACUAGUAAGAUACCACGAACCUCUGAACUGAUAAGGUACGUUGAACUGUAAUACAAUGGUUAGCCGACACGGCACGGUGAGCUACACAAUUAGUGAUGAGCUGAAAAGGAGUGGUGGAUGAACUAUGUAUGGAGGGGUUAUACGAGCUACACGAAGAUGUGAAGGAGUCGUGAGCUGCCUAGGAGUGGUGAUCUACAAGAGAGCUACGACCUGACAUGAAGCAGUGAGCUGCACGAGGAUUUAAAGGAGUCGUGAGCUGAGAGGGAGUGAUGAGCUAGAGAAGCUAAGAAGAAAGCGCUGAGUUGGGAUGGAGUGGAUGGCUCCAAGAGAGUAGUGAGCUCUAAGAUACCAGUGAGUUAAGAGGGAAGGUCGAGCGAUAAGGGAGUAGUGAGCUACCGAGGAGCGGUGAAUCGCCAGAGGACAACUGUAUAAACAGUGAGCUACACAAGGAGUAAUGAGCUAUAACAAAGUGGUGAGCUCCCAGGGAGCGGUGAGAUGUAAGAUAAUGGUGAGCUACCCGAUGUCAGGAAAUUGCCCUUUAAUGAAAUUGUAAGCAGUAUAUUUUUCUGGUCUGUAAAAUAUAUUUGUGCUUUUUUUUGAGAAGUUGUUCUUUUAUUUUUUAAUUGCAAAUGUGACCAACCCUCACACCAUGGAAUGGUGAGCUGACAUGGUGCGGUGAGCUGACAUGGAUAGGUGAUUUGUAGGAAAUCGGUAUGCUACCUAUGGAGUGGUGAGCUGUAUGAGAAUGAUCAGCUACCAAGCAGUGGUUAGCUAACACGGAACAGUGUGCUUACCUAGAGUAAUGAGCUGACAUGGAAGGCGAUCUGUAGGGAAAUGGUGGGCUACCUAAAGAGUGGUGAACUGUAAGCAAAUGGUCGGCUACCACGGAAUGGAAGCUGACAUAGUGCAGUGAGAUGACACGGUGCGGUGAGCUGACAUGGACUGUGAUUUGUAAGAAAAUGGUAAGCUACCGAAGGAGUGGUGAGCUAGCCUAGAGUAGUAAGCCGACAUGGAUAGGUGAUCUUUAGAAAAAUGGUCAACUACCAAGGAGUGGUUAGCUGACACGGAGCGGUGAGCUGAAAUGCUGUCGUAAGGUGACCUGGAGUAGUGAGCCGAUAUGGAAUCUGAACUGUACGAAAAUCGCAAGCUACCUAAGGAGUGAUGAACUGUAAAGGUGCGGUGAGCUGACCUAGAGUAGUGAGCUGACAAGAAAAGUGAUCUGUAGGGAAAUGGUGCGCUACCUAAGGAGUGGUGAACUGUAAGCAAAUGGUCGGCUACCAAGGAAUGGUGAGAUGACAUGGUGCGGUGAUUUGUAGGAAAAUGGUAAGCUACCUAUGGAUAGGUGAUCUGUAGGAAAAUGGUGAGCUACCGAAGGAGUGGUGAACAGUAAUGGUGCGGUGAGCUUACCUAGAGUACUGAGAUGACAAGGAAAGUGAUAUGUAGGGAAAUGGUUGGCUACCAAGGAGUGGUUAGCUGAUAUGGUGUGGCGAUCUCUAGGUAAAUGGUGAGUUACCUAUAGAGUGGUUAUACGUAAGUGGGCUGUGCACUGCCACGGAGUUGU